CUACGAUUCUCUGACCACUUCUUGCUAUGCUUAAAUCCACAAUCAUAGCAAAUGUCACUGUCUGCGCCCUUCUAAAGACCUUUUUAGAAGGUGUUGGCGAUAGCGCGAUGCUAUUGCCGGUUGACUCAAAGUGGGGUGUUGUGACUAACAAGUGAAGUCAAGAUGUAUAUUUCAACUGAACAAGCACUCAAAAUUCCAAUUACUCGUCAAAACCUACUAUUCAAUCAUGGCUGAAUCUGUAGGCGUUAUCGGUGCCGGCAUCACAGGCCUUGCUGCUGCUUAUGUUCUCUCUCCGAAGUACAAUGUUACGAUUGUGGCAAGAGACCUUCCUGGUGAUUUGGGAGCCGAUUGGGCAAGCCCAUGGGCUGGAGCAGUAUUCCACCCUCAAAAGAAUGCCACAAAAGCCCAGCAAGAAAUGCAAACCAAGUCCUUCAACUUCUAUUGGGACUUAGCCAAGAAAGACCCAUCAAGCGGUGUAAAAGUGUAUCAAAUGACAGAAUAUCGAGAUGAUCAGGACGAUGACUCUAACAUAUGGUACAAACCACUCUUGCCAGACUAUCGACUCAUGUCCAAGUCUGAGCUUCCCGCUGGGGUUACGCUUGGCUUGCAAUAUACCACGGUCGCUAUGAACCCGUUACUUCUUCUGCCAUGGCUCAAGGAGAAGCUUAUAGCCAAAGGAGUCAAGUUCGUUAGAGCUGAGAUCAAGAGCUUUGACGAAGCUCGAAACAUCGCCAAGUCGAAGAUUAUCAUCAAUGCAUCUGGUGUUGGUGCCAAACAACUGGUAGGAGAUGACACCGUGGGACCAGUCAGAGGUCAAACCAUGUUUGUCAAAACAGACUUCAGCAAGCUCAUAAUGAUGGAAGGCUCAGAAUAUACUUACAUCAUUCCUCGGGCUUUGUCGGGUGGUGUCAUUAUUGGAGGAAUCAAGUCAGAUCGAGUUGAUACCGAGGUGGAUAUCCCACUGAAAAGCGACAUCUUGAGACGAGUCAAUCGGAUUUCGAAGGGAGCUUUCAAAGAUGUGGAUCUUGAUACCGUGACUGAUAUUGUUGGAUUCAGACCUGGUAGGAAAGAGGGUAUUCGUGUGGAGAGAGAAGGCGACAUCGUUCAUGCCUAUGGUGUAGAAGGUGCGGGGUAUAUUUAUUCGUUUGGUAUUGCCGAAGCUGUUAAGGAACUUGUAGAAGGUUUUGGCUUCAAGUCAAAGCUUUGAGAACGUAUAAGAACCAAGAUCUUCAGUUUGUAAACGGCUGUGUUUGGUGAGCUUAUGUUCUUGAAGAAAUGGUAACGUACUUCUUUAAUCACUAUUGUUAAAGCUUGAAGGAGCUUGCACAAUCGUUCUAUAGGUCUAUGUACAAUAGAUCGAAUCAAGACAAACUAUAGAAUU